AUGGAUUCCAUCUUGCUGUUGCAUCCGAAGUGCAGUGCAGCUCUCAGCGUAAGCCUGGUGGCUCUAACGGGCUGCUGCAUCGAAACCUUCAAGAAAUACUUGAUGAGUUGGGUUGACAAGCAGCCAUGGAAGUCACGCAUGAUACCGCUCCAGCGCAACAUGAUGCACAAUUUCGGGUACGGCAAGGCAACCACAACCGACGAACGGGUCGUUGUAGACUUCUACUGCUUCAUGAUUGCUCUUUGCUCCCACCAUCUUGUCAUGACGCUGGCGCUGACGCCUGCAGCUCUUUUGGGCUGGGAGUCGUUGGGUUGUGUGGGGCAAGUCUUGUUCUAUGCGGGUGCCUUGGGGGAUCUGGCCUGCACGGCCUACGACACUCUUCAGACCACCUUGAGAACGAUCUUCCCACUCAGCUUCACAUGUCUGGGCGUACAACUACCGAUGAAGUACUUCAUCGUGGUGGUUGGCUUGCAUCAUACACUCUCCAUGAUGCUCACUGUGCCAAUGAUUCUCUACUAUCCGUCUAUGAGGGCUUUGCACAUAUUGAUGUGGUCACUUCUUUUUGCUGGCGGCACCUGCAAUUUGCUGGGCUGCUAUAAGUUCACCCUGGACACACAAGGCUCACGCCGGGACUCCUUUCGGUACAAGGCCAUCGUGCUGAUCCAGUUCGCAACUAUCUUAUUCACCCGUGUGUACAUUUGGGUCUACUAUGCUGCCGCGGCAAUAGCUAACUUCUACGAACGUGGGGACACCCCAUUCAUUUUUCUGGGGCUCGCGGGCUGUCUUCUGAUGACUUUCUUUAACAUGCUCGUUGUGAUCGAUGCAAGCAAGGCACUAGUCAAGUGGAUUCCCAAGCAGAUGCCAAAGCCAGCUCAUGAUGCAAAGCUGGCGUGCCACGAGAGAGAAUUAAAGGCGGUGCGCACCGAAGGGCUUCGGAGACUGGAGGGGUUGAAGCUGGCGUGA